UUUCUUUCAUUCCAAAAACAAAAUCCCACUCACCCACCUAAUCUCAUUCUCUCUCCCUCCUUUUUUUUUUUUUUUUUUCUUCUAUCUAAGAAUAAAGUUUGUGCCUUUUUUUUUUUUUCUUUCUCUUUUGUUGGGGGAACUUUGGGCUUUGGGCUCUGGUGGGUUUCUUUUCUUCUAUCUAUGUAGUACUUCUUACUAUAGCCGAGACAAAGAAGAAGAAUAAGAAAGGAAGAGGAAGAAAGAAAGAAAAGGUGAGUUGAGGCGUGAGUUAGAGAUGGCAGCUCCUAACAUGGCAACAAUCACUGCUUCUUUAGAGCAAUCCUUUCAAAACUGUUCGCUAAACAACUCUGCCGGAGAAGCAGCCACCAGCCGUGUUUUACAUGGCAUAGGGAGGAGGUCAUCGUCAUCAUCAACCUCUACAAACCAAGAUGAAGAACUAGCAGCAUCACAAGAAAAUCACCACCUCCACACCCCUGACGACAACACCACUUUAGAGCUUAACUCACAUAUCUCUCUCCCUUACCAUUGGGAACAAUGUCUUGAUUUAAAGACGGGUGAGAUUUACUAUAUAAACUGGAGGAACGGAAUGAAAGCAAAAGAAGAUCCAAGAACAACAGUAACAGAGUAUAGUAACAAUGGUAAUGGUAAUGGUAAUGGUAAUGGAGAUUAUUAUUAUUCAGAAGAAGAUAGCUCAUACGACAGUGAAGAAUCGUCGUCUGAGUCGUCCCCUCCACCUGCACCAACCUCGAGAGAGUCUCAGUAUCGAGGAGCAGAGAAGGACCAUGUUUUGGUAGUGGGAGGGUGCAAGAGCUGUUUCAUGUAUUUCAUGGUACCUAAACAGGUCCAAGAGUGCCCCAAAUGUUGUGGUCAACUUCUCCAUUUUGAUCGAUCUCAAAGUGGCUCUCUAUGAAUGAUCUUUUUAUUAUCAAAUAUUCUAAUUAUUAUCA